AUGAGGGAUGGAAGGGAAUUCAACUUGCCUCCAGUGUGGCUUAAAUCCCUAUCCUCUAACUUGGUGAGGUGGGUUAAUUACCAUUUAGCCCUUGGUCAUAAUCAUAAAGUGAUAUGCUGUUAUCUGCACAAGUUACUGGCGAGGCAGAAUAUACUGAUGACACACCAAUUGCCUCCUGAUGGUUUAUAUGGUGCUUUGGUGUUGAGUCAAAAAGCUCAUGCUCGUAUACUUUCCAUAGAUGAUUCUGAAUCUCAGUCUUCACCUGGGUUUGUGGAAUUUUUUUUUCCAAAGAUGUCCCUGGUGAUAAUAUGA